CUUCCUCUUCUCUGUCCAUUCUUCUUCGCUGCAUGGUAGGCGGCAGGGGACGAGCAUCAUGGCGUCCUGCCGUCUUGCUCGUGGCAUUGCUCUACAUCACCUUCGAUUUGAUCUAUGGGAAUUAUGACGUCACGCGCAUGGAGAGGAACGAUGACGUCACGCGCAUGGAGAAGGACGAUGACGUCACGCGGCUGGAGGGAGACGAUGACGUCACGCGGCUGGGCAGGGUCGAUGACGUCAUACCACGCGGUGUUGCCAUUCCGAGCCGCCGGCUUUUGCCACAACGAGCAGGCAGGAGCCAAAAUCUCGGACUCCGGGAGACGUCAUCACAAGACCUGAAGCUCCUCCACGAAGGACGUCUGGAGGCCGAAGACCCUCGAGUUAUAACUUGGAUUCGGGAGGAACACUUGUACCAGCCUUCCCCUCUGCCUUAUUACCUUGAAAUAGGCAAGAACGUCGAUUUUACGAAGUUAGAAUACUGGCAGAGAGUUCACAAGGGAAUUAUGCGAAUGGUGAAUGGCAAGCGCGGCGGCUUCUUCCUGGAGGCGGGGGCGCUGGACGGCUACUACCAGUCCAACACGUUCUUCCUGGAGCGGGACUUGGGCUGGACCGGCCUCCUGGUGGAGCCCAACCCCGUGUUCUUCGAGGCGCUCCUCGCGCGCCACAGGAGGGCGUGGGCCACGGACCUCUGCCUCGGGACCAAGCCUUAUGCUUAUAAGACAGAAUUUUGGGUCCACACUGGCCCUGACCCUGAGCAGAGUCUCAUAGCCGCGUCUCGAAGUGGUCUGCUGAAGGAACACCUGGAGCAUUACAAAAAGGGAGGACUCGAGAGCGGCUCAGUGGUGGAGGUCAACCUGCGUGCCGGCCACCAGCGUCCUCUCCGCCCUCAACGUGACCCAGAUCGACCUGUUUUCCCUCGACGUCGAGAACGCCGAAGUGGCCGUCUUGCAGUGGUUUCCGUUCGACAGGGUGCACGUCGAGGUGCUGGUGGUGGAGCACUGGACGUCGGGAGAGCCAGAGGAUAGCCGUGCCUUCGUGCGUCUGGUGGAGAGCAAGGGCUUCUCCUUCUACCGGAGGGACAACCACGACUACUUCUUCCUCCAUCAGCGUCCGAGAUGGGUCCUCGCGCGCCCGGGAGACGAGGGCGCUGUCGAUAACCUGGAGCCGUACAAGCCGAUCCUGAAGGCGCUUUGAGACCCUUCCUUCUUAUAGUUUCUUACUGUUUUCUUUUACAUAGAAAUGGGGAAAAGGAAUGAGUGGGUUAAUUAUGUAUUAGUUACGGGUAUUAGAAAUGGGAAAAGGAAUGAGUGGGUUAAUUAUGUAUUAGUUACGGGUAUUACAAUGCGAUGGCAGAACAAAUGUAUCGAUUCUUAAAAAUAAUACAUGAAGGGGGUGGGGGGAUGCCACAAGGAUUUUGUAUGGUUGUGUUGUACCUACAAUGAUUAUCUUAUCUGCUGUGUGUAAAUGUAAGUGUAAAAACAAAUAUACUCUAACAUUAUAGA